UAAAUUCUCUGUCUCGUCUGACGGAGCCAUUCGUUAUUCGCUGUUCACACGUCCGCGAUGGAAUUAUUUUCAUAUUUACUUUCAUCGCCUUUUGGAUUAUUACUGGCUACUUUGGUCAUUCUUGGCGUUUUGAAAUUUGUCGCAGUAGUGCAUCAUGUAUACUUUUACUGGAAGAAAAAGGGUGUUCCUUACCAACCCGAUUCAUUACAGUCUUUUAUUAUGAGUUGGAAAAUAGUUCUGAUGCGUAUGACUUUUGUCGACUAUUGUAUUCAUUUGUACAAUUACUUCCCGGACGCUAAGUAUUAUGGAACGAACGAUGUGGGCAAACUUGCCGUACUUCUGCGCGAUCCUGAAGUGAUCAAAGAUGUGUUGGUAAAGGAGUUUGAACAUUUCCAUGAUCAUCGUGCCUUCGCGGACGAAACUAUAGAUCCGUUAUUCGGUAAGAAUGUCUUUUCUUUGCGCGGAGAUCGUUGGAAAGAAAUGAGAAACACGCUAAGCCCCUCUUUCACCGCUAGCAAGAUGAAGGUCAUGUGCGGAUUAGUAUCAAAGUGUGCUGAUGACUUCAUCGAUUAUCUAGUUGACCAUCCAGAACUCUGCGUUGAAGUUGAGACAAAGGAAAUUUUUAGACGUUACACUACUGACGUAAUUGCCACAGCGGCUUUUGGCAUAAGUGUGAAUUCUAUGAAGGAUCAAACCAACGAAUUCUACAUGAGGGGAAUAGAAACCAGUCAAGCUUUCAAUGGAAUACUAUCUAUGAUCAAGUUCAUAAUUAUGACUGCAGCCCCGCGCGUUGCCAGGUUUUUCGAUAUGAAGGGAUUUGUCUCACCGUCUACGAAUGAGUUUUUUAAGAGGAUUGUAGCAGAAACUAUUAAAACACGAGAGGAACAAGGUAUCGUCCGGCCGGAUAUGAUCCACUUACUAAUGCAGGCUCGGGACAAAACCGGUGAUAACAAUCCAAACUUGACAUUGGAAGAUAUUGUUUCGCAAGCUUUUAUCUUUUUCCUAGCCGGUUUCGAAACAUCUUCGAUACUGAUGUGUUUCGCCGCUCAUGAGCUGGCGAUUAACCAAGACAUUCAAGAUCGCUUGCGCGAGGAAGUGCUGCAGCAUCUCGGCGAAGGAAACGAUAUAUCUUACGAAUCGCUGUCGAAAAUGACUUAUAUGGAUAUGGUGAUUUCUGAGACUCUCCGAAAGUAUCCACCAGUAAUAAUGACUGACAGACUUUGCACUCAAAGUUCCGAACUGCCUCCGCCGCAACCAGGUUACAAAAGUGUAAUCGUCGAAUCUGAUAUCAUAAUGAUGAUACCUGUAUAUGCUUUACAUCACGAUCCCAAGUACUUUCCGAAUCCGGGCAAAUUCGAUCCCGAAAGAUUUAGCGAAGAAAAUAAAAAUAACAUUGUUCCGUAUACUUACUUACCUUUUGGAGAGGGACCUAGAAAAUGUAUCGGCAAUCGAUUUGCUCUCAUGGAGACGAAGAUUUUAAUUGCACGUCUUUUACAAAAAUUUAUUCUGAGGAAAACGGAAAAAACUAUGGAUCCCGUUGUAUUUGAUAAGAAGGACUUUAACUUAAAACCUGAAGGUGGAUUCUGGAUCGGUUUAGAGAAAAGAAAAUCGUGAUUAGUUUAUGAAAUGCAAUAAUUAUUUUCUUAUAAUUGCAAAGUCGUAUAUUUGACGCGCUUACAAUUUAAUCGUGUAUAAUUUUUUAGAUUUUGAAGAAAGUUUAAUUCUAAACAUCUAUUAUGUCAUUUUAUCAUUGUAUGAAUAUUAAAUAAUUAUUUAAUAUUACAUUUUUAUGUUUAGUUAAAUAUGUUUUAUAUUCUAUCUCUAUUGCGUUAUUAAAGUUUUAGCUAAGAAAUUGUGAUAUGAUGGCAUUGUUGUGACCUUCGUAGACUCUUGGUUCUAUUUGUUCAUAUCAAUGGUCUUUAACGACUUUAAUUCGUAUAUGUGUGGACAAGUAGCAUAAUAGAAAUAUAUACAUUUAAUAGA